GCUUCCUGAGAAGAAGCAACGCGUAGAAUUCCAAUUUCAUUUGCCAAAAAAAGGUGUUAGAAAGUUGCGAUUGGUGAAAUCUAGCGGGCCAGGAUGUCUGAUGCGGAGCUGGAACAGACGCCCAGCGCGGGCCAGGUGCCGGAGGAGCAGGAGCAGGCGGCCGAGGAGCAGGAGGAUCAGGAGAUGGGACAAGAUGCCUACACAAUGGGCGGUCCGCCGAGGACGCCGGUCGAGGAUGCGGCGGCCGAAUUGAGCGCCAGCCUGGAUGUUAGCGGCUCGGAUCAGUCGGCGGAGCAGUCGCUGGACCUCAGCGGCGUUCCAGCGGAGGCCACCGCGGACUCUGCGGAUGCGGAGCCACCGACGAAGCGCUCGAAUCGCGGCAUUAGUCCCAUUUCCGAGGACAGCACCCCAACGACCAGUGCUUCCAGCAGCUCCACGGCCAGUGGUUCCACCAGCUCCUCGCGCUGCGACGAUAUUAGCGAGACGGAGGAUCAGGCGCCUCCGGAACCGGAGGAGCAGCAGGCUCCCGCUGAACUACAACCUCAGGAUCAGCAGAUCGACCAGGACAUUGACACCGAGGACGAGCCCUCCUCCAACACGGUCAUCUGCGUGGCGGACAUUAAUGCCUACGCCAGUGGCUCGAAUAUAGAUGACUUUGUCAUGGAUCCCGAUGCUCCCGCCAAGGCCAUAAUCACCGAGGUGGUCACCAUUCCGGCUCCACUGCGUCCACCGCCUCCGCCGCUGCAGCCAACGCAGCCUCCCGUCGAGGAAGAGGUGCCCGAGACGCCCGCCUCGCCCACCGACGAUGGCGACGAGGAGCCGCCCGUGGUCGGCCUGUCCUCCUACAUGCGCGUUCGCUACAUGCAGGAGGUGCACACCGGUCUGCCCACGCGCCUGGCGCCCCGUGAUCCCCGCCAGCGCAAGAUGCCACCGCCCGCCGUCGUGCUGCCCAGUCAAACGGGGCUCGGCGCCAAUGUGGAGGCCAUUUCCGAUGACAGCAGCGAGACGAGCAGCGGCGACGAUGAGGAGGACGACGACGAAGACGAUGAGGAAGAGGAGGAUGAGGAUGACGACGAGGAGGAUGCCAUGACCAUGGAGCACGACAGCACCUCCAGGGAGACGGUGAUCACCACGGGCGAUCCGCUGAUGCAAAAGAUCGACAUCACCGAGAAUCCCGAGAAGAUCUACUACAUACGCCGCGAGGACGGCACCGUUCAUCGUGGCCAGGUGCUGCAGUCCCGCGUCACUGGGCAGCAUACUCCCGACGAGUACUAUGUCCACUAUGUGGGCCUGAAUCGCCGCCUGGACGGCUGGGUGGGCAGGCAUCGGAUCUCGGACAAUGCUGAUGAUUUGGGUGGCAUUACCGUGCUGCCGGCGCCACCGAUGGCUCCCGAUCAGCCCAGCACGAGCAGGGAAAUGCUCGCCCAACAGGCCGCCGCAGCGGCAGCAGCUGCCUCAUCCGAACGACAGAAGCGGGCGGGCAACAAGGACUACUAUCUGUCGUAUUGCGAGAAUAAUCGCUAUGAUUUCAGCGAUCGCAAGAUGACGCGCUACCAAAAGCGGCGCUACGACGAGAUUAACCACGUGCAGAAGAGCCACGCGGAGCUGAGCGCCUCGCAGGCGGCCUCCGAAAAGGAACAUGAAUCCAUAACCAAAAUCAAGUACAUUGAUAAGCUGCAGUUUGGCAACUACGAGAUCGACACCUGGUACUUUAGUCCCUUUCCCGAGGAAUAUGGCAAGGCGCGCACGCUCUAUGUGUGCGAAUAUUGCCUGAAAUACAUGCGCUUCAGGUCGAGCUACGCUUAUCAUCUUUACGCAUGCGAAAGAAGGCGUCCUCCUGGUAGGGAGAUCUACCGCAAGGGCAACAUAUCUAUCUACGAGGUGAACGGCAAGGAGGAGUCGCUCUACUGCCAGCUGCUUUGCCUGAUGGCCAAGCUAUUUCUCGAUCACAAAGUCCUAUACUUCGACAUGGACCCCUUCUUCUUCUACAUCCUCUGCGAGACGGACAAGGAGGGCAGCCACAUUGUGGGCUACUUCUCCAAGGAGAAGAAGUCCCUGGACAACUACAAUGUGGCCUGCAUUCUCGUCCUGCCGCCGCAUCAGCGCAAGGGCUUCGGCAAGCUGCUGAUCGCCUUUAGCUACGAGUUGUCGCGCAAGGAGGGAGUGAUUGGGAGUCCCGAGAAGCCGCUUUCGGAUCUGGGCAGGCUAAGCUAUCGCAGCUACUGGGCCUACACGCUGCUGGAGCUAAUGAAGAACCGCUGCGCACCGGAGCAGAUAACCAUCAAGGAACUGAGCGACAUGAGCGGCAUCACCCACGACGACAUCAUCUACACGCUGCAGUCGAUGAAGAUGAUCAAGUACUGGAAGGGACAGAAUGUCAUCUGCGUGACGGCCAAGACCAUACACGAUCAUCUCCAGCUGCCGCAGUUCAAGCAGCCCAAGCUUACCAUCGACACCGAUUACCUUGUGUGGAAUCCGCACAGCGCGGUGGCCCGAGCUCCGGGCAAUUCCGGCUAGCAUACGGAACAAAGGGACCCCGUCCUGCUGUCAUCGCAAAUUAUUGUCAUAGAAGACGAUGAUGAUGAUGAUGAUUAGCUAUGUAUUUUUUUUCUUUACCCCUUUAAAUGUACAAAUUGUGGGGCUUACAGCUACAGAUUUAAAAACAAUAAGCAAUGUAAUACUUAAUGUUUGGUUAACAACUCUUUUUUUUUCAUAGAUCUUAAGGAGUCUUACGGAUAGGCUGUUGUAACUAUUAUUGUUUGAACCAAAUGUAUACACUCUGUUGUAUUUAAGCUAUAGUUUUUUAUGAGUAGAUUGG